UAUCAACGGAGAAGAAAAUUGAGAUAAGGUUUGUUAUAGUAAAAAUAAUUAAUUCUGUUUCCUAAUAUAAUCCGUAUUCAUUAUUCAAUAUUCACUAAUCAACCGUUGCUGCUGCUGCUGUGGUUAGUACCACAGAGUAACUGUUGUGUGUUAUAUAGUACGUUAUAUUAUUAUCUCUAAACCCUUGGUAUGUUACACCUCUGCGAUGUUGCGAUAAUAAAAUUCGUCGGAUGUUGGUCGUGUUAUUUUCCUUUUGAAAACAUUCCUGUUUCCCAUGUCGAUGUUACGUGACUUACGUAACAGGUAUCACAUUAAUCACAUCGCAAAAUCGCAUUAUUAGUAAUUAAUAGUUACUAAUUCAUAUUUACUACCGUUAUUACCAACUACUUAGUGGUUAUUUGUCGAAGUUUUGGUUAUUAGGCGAUCGAUAUACCAGUUUUUUGGUUUUGGUUUGAAUAGAAAAUGCAUUCAAAAUACUUAUCGACCCACGUUUUGUUUUUCGUCAUUUGCGCCACAGCAGUGGUCUGUCUGAAGAAAGAUGGAUUCUAUUGCCAAUUGUCUCCCCCAUGUUCAUGUGUUUCGAUUAAUGACAGAAAUAUCAAUUUAGAUGGAAUAAACUUGACGAUGACCACGAAUAACCAGACGUUGAAUUAUCAACCUUGUCUCAAUAAUGGAAGUGGAAUUGUUAUUGAAUCAAUAAAUGACACCAAUUCUACAACCCAGUUUGCUAAUUAUAGUAUUGUUGAAGUUAAAAUAAGCAACAUGAUAACAUAUGUUUAUAAAAAUGAUGAUAAUGAGUUUGAUGUAAUUUUGGUGUGUGAUCCAUCGGCAGUCUGUGGAAAGGAAUCUCUAAUAAAUUUCCAAAAUGUCACAGAUAAUCUAUGUACAAUUGAACUUAAAACCAGUCAAGUAUGUGGAUUGAAUUUAAGUGAUGCAUAUGAUAAUAACUCAGAGUCAGAAUCUUGGACUUAUUUCUUUUCAUUUGUUUUGGUUGUUGCAUUUGUUUACUUUGUUGGUGGUUCCGUAGUAAAUGCCUGUUUAUUUAAUGAGAUUGGUAUCAAUAUGAUUCCUCACCAUGCAUUUUGGUCUUCACUUUACGAAAAUAUCAAGGAUAAACUAUAUGGCACAUCAACAAUGGCAUCGGCGUAUGAAAGCAUAUAAAAUAUUUUUUCUACAAAAAUAAGAUACUCAUGCACAUUGUAUGGUACAUAUUAAUAUUAAUUGCUAACCGUGUUAUUACUGAAUGUAAAAUAUUAUGUAUUUUUUGUAUUUUAUUUUUCUUGUUUACAAAGAAAACACUAUUCAAUAAUUUAAUUGUUUUGUGUAUUAUCACUUUAUUUCAUAAACAUAUUGUUUUAUUUUUUUAAUCAAAAUUAAGAUUUAAAAUUUACAUUAUUGCAAAUAAUAUUUUGAAUUUGUUAUAAAUAAAAAUUUAAUUGUAAAUCAGGGUUUUAUUAUAAUAUGUAUUUUUGUGAUUUAAAAAUAUUUUGAUAGUCAUUAAUUUAAAAUUUUAUAUGAAAAUAUGUAAGUCAAUUUGUGAAAUUGUGUUAUUCACAAAAAAAAAAAAAACAACAAAACUAUAAUGAUUUAAAAUUAACUUAACUAUUUAAAAAUACUUUUUAAUACAUUUUCUGUCAUGUUAAUCAGAUUUUCAAACUUAUACUGCCAAAAACAAAUAAAUUAAAAGUAGAUUUAUUGUUAAAACAUAGUAAUUCAAAAAAAAAAAAAAAAAUACCUGAUAAAUAAUAUUAAUUAUUGAUCAUAAGAUAAUUUUGUUUUAAAUAUAAGUGCAUAUUUUGAUUUAAUUACCAGUUUAACAUACCUAAAGACCUUAUUUUUGUUUUUUUUUUGUAAUUAAGUGUUUAUUUUUUUAAAAAUCCAAUUGAAGCAAUUUUUUUUAUAAAUCUAGCUUAUUAGAUUAAUUAUUUAUUUGGUUUUUAUUAUAUAUUGUAGUGAAAAUUUGCUAGUCUAUGUAUAUAUGAGGUAUUUUUUUUUUUUUUUAGUAUUUUAAAAUUUUAUUACAUUUACAUCGACUGGUACUUAUUAUUUUACUAUAAUAUAUAUAUAUAUAUAUAACAUAAAAUACAUUUUGUUAAGUAUAUUUUUUGAGUUACCAGUUUUCUAAAAGUACUUAAUUGUUGAUUGAUUUUAAGAACUAUGAUUUGUUUGUUUUAUAUGAUUUAAAAUUAGAUAUUUCAUUAUUGCGUAUACAGCUAAUCAAACAUUGUAUUAUAAUUAUAUAAGUUUUUUUUUAUUAGAAAAAUAAAAGUAUUCUUCUCUUAUUGUUUAAAUUAUCAACUCUUUAUUCUAUUCUACAUAAGAGCAAUAACUGAUCUGAUAGUGGGUGUGAUGUCUGAUUGAACUGGGAGAAAAUUAGCUGUACCAAGUACUGUUCUUGUAUGGGAUGGAAUAUUGUAAGUCUUAUUUUUGUUUUAAAUUUGUACUCCAGAAAUAAAAUGACAAAAUAAUUGCUUUUGAAAUUAUGUUAAAAA